AUGUUGGAAAUUGAUAAAACAACUACCAAACAAUUCAACUAUAACUAUAAGGAUUAUGAUGGUUCCCAUAAGGAGGUAUCAUUGGAUAUAUGUAUACCAUACGAUGAUUGUUUGGAUGAAUUGGUAACUCAAAUCUUGGCAAAAAUGGAUCCAAUGAUGAGAUUCUUGGAUGAAAAUGUUGGUAUUAAGAAGGCCCUAAAAGAGUUUAUUGAUGUGGAAAAUCAAAAAUUCCGCGACGAAUAUGCCGAAGAACUUUUGGAAAGGGUGCGCAACAAUGACAUAGAUGUUGAAGAAAUUAUACGUGACACCGAACGUCAUUACAAGGAAGAGUUAAUACAAUUUGCUGAUCGUAUUGGACCAACCGAUGAGGAUAUAUUUGCCCAAAGUUUUCAUCGUCUCGUGCAUUCUUCUCAACUGGAAGAGAUACUCAAAAAGGAACGGGCUUAUGCCAAAGUUAUUGCCAGUAUUACAAAGGAAAUGGACAACGAGGUUGAGACACUUAAUAAUUCACAACAAGAAGAAAUGGAAUUGAAAAUUAAUCAAUUAGAUAUAACCACAACGCCGGAAGAUAUCAAUAAUCUGUUGGCUCAACAAUAUUCGACACAGAAUUUUGUUCGUAAACGUUAUGAAUCCGAAUUGGAAGCAAAAAUUGGCCAUCAAAAGAAUGAAUAUCGUCAAUGGAUUACGAGUCAAGUUAGUGAAUUGUUUCAAUCGAGUCCCGUCUCAACACCAUUGGGUAAUCGUUCGUCGAUGUUUAUCUCCCAACAACCAUCAAUGGAGGAAAGUUUUACCAUACAUUUGGGAUCACAAUUAAAGCAUAUGCAUAAUAUUCGUAUAUUGAGUGCUAAUGUCAAUGAUUUGUGUAGUCCGCUACAUGCCGAUGAAAGUUUGAAUGGUUUAAAUAUGGCUUUAGGUCUCUACUCCAGUUCUCUAUGCGGGGUGGUAGUUUUAACUCCUUCGGUACAAGCGCAAGCCAAUAAGGACAUAAUUAAAAAUGCAAAUAUGUCAACCGAAUUUCAUUUUAAUCAGAUUGAUGAUCAACUUGAAAAAAUCGAACAACAAAUACGGCAAUUGAAUCUCCUUAACUCUUCGUCAACACCGAGUACGAAAAGUUUAAGUACGGCCAGUACUGAUGUUAGUAUUGGUAGCAAUACAGAGACGGUUGGAGCUGGCAAUGAUAAUGUUGCUGUAGGUAUCAUCAAUCAAUCGGUACAAAGUAGCGCCAGUAAUUCGCCGGUAAAGACAAGUGCAAAAUUAAAAACCGGCGAUUUCUUUAUAACAAAACAUUCCAAUUUAUCACAAUCUCAUGUUAUAUUUCAUUUGAUAUCGGAUGAACCGAUAAAUUCACCAAGUGAAAUAAAUUCUCGACAUCCCGUCAUAUUGGGUUUACGAAAUAUCCUAAAGACGGCAAGUCGUCAUGACGUUACAACGCUUACAAUACCGGCUUUAUUGCGGCAUGAAAUGUCUGAAGAUAUGACAGUGCAAUGGUGUAUGCGUCGUGCUGAAUUGGUAUUUAAAUGUGCCAAGGGGUUUAUGAUCGAAUCAGCCUCAUGGGGUGGUGCAGAAUUGAGCACUCUACAACUACUAUUGCCACAUGAUAUAUCUGAAGAGCUAUUCAACACCUUAGCCAGUAUGGUGCCCAAUGUAUUUCGUGUUGCAAAUCCUAAAAUAUUAGUUGAUAAUUCCAAAUAA